CCGUGCGAAUAUCUAUCUGAACCGAAAAUUGUUUUAUUGAUACGAAGCAGCUCUGUUGGGGAAGUUCAAUGCCCUGCUGAACAAUUACUACUGAUCAUUUAAAAAUACUCACAGCGAUUAAUGGCAUACCAUCCAGGCAACUUUAAACGACCCCAACUCACAUUAAACCGUUUUAUGUGCUGCUCUUGGAUGGCUUUCCUCUUUUUCUCUCACCAGGUGAUGUUUAUGUUGCCUUUGGGCCUCACAGUUUGACUGUUACUCGGAGAUCCUGCUGUGUCUGGAACUUUGCACUAGAACUCCUUGUCCCAGGAGGUGCAACGUUGAUGGUUUCGGCUGGGGAGUUCGAUGAUGGCGUUCAAUGGAAGUUUUGGCACCGCACAGGCCUGGAGAUAGAUUUGAAAGCGUACUAUUCUUUGAAGUAAUCAACAUCACAGUAGAUACCGGCCAGAAUCAUUUUUCUUCUGCCUGAUGUACAAUUCAUUCCAACAACACACAUAAUGCUAUGAGCCCACUGCAAUGCAAAUCAACCUUCUCAAGGCGACAUCAAGCAGCCAAGAAAGAUCUGAAAUGGCUCCUGCAGCAACUACUCGUUCGUUUGCAUUGAUCAGCAAUUCUCAAUUGUUUUCCUUUUUCCAAGAAUAUUCUAUGUGCAAACACGGAGCCAGCAGCCGCUUUAGAAACCCGUGUUUAAAGUAAUUGCUGCAGAAGAUAUGUUAACUGAUGGUCUUUGCAGAAAGGCUCCACCUCAUUUCGUGAUGAAAAUUCAUAUUAGCCAAUCAGAUCGAUCUCCCAAAAGGUCCAGGCACCCAGAGCUAUAUUACCCCUUUGAAAAGUUUCCUGUAACACAGAGCCGUCUCUUAGAAGUCUUCGUUUGGAUAAGUUCAGUUCCUUUUCAUUAUUCAUUAUUUAAGUCGAAUCCUGUAACCGUGUUGCGGGCGCCAGCUGGAUAUCCCAAUAGUAUAUUCUUUCGUUUCUUCAAACCGAUGUUAGAAGCGGUCAUGCAGGACGAAGAGAACUCCCCAGUCUCUCCAGUAGAGAGCCUGAGCAACAGUGAGGACGAAGGAGACAGGCAGCUAAAAAAAAGUGUCAGAAAGAGGCGACCGAGCAGGAAAUCUGGAGAGGAAACAGACAGCCCUGCGUCAGUGAAAAGGGGCAAGAAGAGGGACGGGAGCCCCCAGUCUUUCGAAGAACUGCAAACCCAGAGGGUCAUGGCCAAUGUAAGGGAACGCCAGAGAACGCAAUCCCUCAACGAAGCCUUCUCCGCCCUGCGCAAAAUCAUUCCGACCCUCCCGUCAGACAAACUGAGCAAAAUCCAGACCCUCAAGCUCGCGGCCAGGUACAUCGAUUUCCUUUACCAGGUCUUACAAAGUGACGAGCUGGACAACAAAAUGUCCAGCUGCAGUUAUGUGGCCCACGAGAGACUCAGUUACGCUUUCUCAGUGUGGAGGAUGGAGGGAGCCUGGUCCAUGUCCACAUCACACUAGCAGCUACCCUGAGGACAAAGGUGAAAAAGAUUUGCCAGAAAGGGCCAACGGCUGGACAGACAACAGGGUUUGACGUCUGGAUACUUAAAACACGUUGAUCUUUGCCACUGAUGGAUCAUAAGAGAAUUUUUUUUUGUUUAUUAACCCCCCCCAAAAAAAAAUCUCGUGGAAGGAGCUUGGAAAGCACUUACAGAAAACGGGCCAUGGAUCGUGGACACAUCCAAUCGUGCGGCUUAUACAAUCAUUUGUACAUCUGAGGUGUAUGUUGCCAUUCGCAUCAUUUUUAUCCUGACGAUGAAUGUUGUUGGAACUCAUUCCUCCCUUUACUAUGCAUGCAUUCAACAAUCAUGUCUAUAUCUGCUAUUGAAGACGCAGGAAAGUUGAAUUAUUUUGUUUUGUUCUUUUCCCCAAAAGUGCUACGGCGAACAGGUCUAGAGUGACAAUAAGUUUUAGAAAAUGGACCAAACUGUUAUGCGAAGUCCAGUUGGUUAGUGUUUCCCCUCGAAAAUCAUUUAUUUAUUUAUUAAUGUGCCAUGUCUCAAUGCAUAAAGAUCUGGUCUCUAAAUGCAUUCAUAUUUUUGUGAUUGUUUUGUAAAUAUCUUUGUAUAUUUUCUGCAAUAAAUACCUAUGAUCUAAA